GUUUUAGAAUGGUAGCAGGUACUCAAAGUAACGACACGGUGGUAAAGGACAUUAUCAGUGUUAUCCAGGCAUCUGAUCUGGGAUGGACUCUCAAGAGAGCUGUUCAGGAUGAACUCAGCAAAUCUUUUGUAAAUGUCAAAGAUAUAAAACGCCUGGUGCCUGUGUUUAUGAAGGAGUCAGGAUGGGACAUCAAAGUGCGCAACAUAGUGUUCAUGUACCUGAUGACUCACAUUCCUGCACCUCACCCUAUCACACCUCCUGAAACCCUUAAGGAACCCAUGUCCUUCAUCAGAAACGCCCAGGCACGCUGGGAGAAACGAAUCCUGAAGAGCAUCAACACCAUGUGCACAGAGAAGAACAUCCCGCUAGCGCGCAUGCGCACAAUCCGCGAACAAGCCGACUUUACCCAGAAGUGGAAGGACAUGACGUUCAGUGAUGAGAAUAUGGGGGAUAUCAGACCUGUUUAUGCUCCUAAAGACUUCAUGGAGGUCCUGACGUCACUGUCUUCUCCUAAUUAUACUGCUAAGAUAUACGAUUACUCUGAUGUCAAUGAGAGGUCAGGGACAUCGGUGUGGGGUCUGAUCCAGGUGAGGUUACAUCUGAACACAACCCAGCAACUGAGAGUGCUCUUCAGCAACCUGUCCACUCAUCACUUCCAGACUGGAGCUGAUGAUAUUGAGGGUCCUAACCCGGAGUGGCAGCGGCUCGGUGUCAAGGCAGUGCAGCUAGGAUACACCCCAACAGCUCAGAGGUACCUACAACAAGGGUGUUACCCCACUCAGCGAGGUGAUAUCUGGUUACUGGCUCUCGGUGUGAACCUAUCUCCUCUGUCUUACCAGUACUACAACCAACUCAGGGCCAGCGUAUUCAAGUAUGAACUUCUAGUGGACAGACUCUUCCUGCAAGACGUGCGUCUAACAGCUGGUAACCACGAAGCUUACUUCGUAUUUGAGGAUCUAGUAGUUCAAAUACUGCUAUGUUUUAGCAGAGAUACUCAGUUCUUAGAUCACUUCAAGAGCACGUCUGCUAGUCCACCACAUGCGUACACUAGGAAUAACAUGGGUGAAACAGAUCAGACAGUGGUGUACCCUCCUAACGGCAUCAUUCCCUUCCACGGGUUCUCCCUCUUCAUCGCUCCCAUGUGCUUUAUUUGGAGUGAUCCUGUGAUCUUGUAUAACGUGUUUAAAGCGCUUUAUACUAGGUUCUUCUUCAGACUUCACUCUCUGUCGAGCCAUCCUCAAGGUAUCCUAUCUCUGUGCCAACAGUUUGAGACAAUGUUACAGACCCACCAGCCCCAGCUGUUUUACCAUCUCCGAGAAAUGGGAUCUCAUCCUCUCAAACACGCUUUCAACUGGAUCAUGCACGCCUUCGCAGGUUACCUAGAGACGUCCCAACUCUUGUUACUCUGGGAUCGUGUGAUUGGUUACGGAACUUUAGAGAUACUACCCGUGUUGGCUGUAGCUGUGUUCGCUUUCAGACGUAACAAUCUCAUGGAGGUGACAACCCCCUCUGAAGCGGAGGCAGUUUUACAGGACGUGUCCAGUCUGAAAGUAAUACCUCUCCUACAAUACUGUCUGUAUGCUAGGAUACUUCACCCUGUCUGAAGUUAUUGUUGUAGUUACCAUUGUUACGCGACACUUCUGAAGUACUAGUUAUUGUCACGUGACACUUGUCAGAUGUUAGGAUCUUAUGUCUCGUUACUCACGUUUAAUUUAGGUUGACGUAUACGCCACCGCCCUUAAAAUUCAGAAUCUUGUUGAUUACCUUAUGUACAGAUAAAAUGUUGAUCAAAUCAGAGAGUGAUUUUGUCAUUUAAAGAGGCCGAGUCAGAAACAGAUGGCACCUUUUCGUUAUAGUACAUACUUACUAUUGUUUAUGUCUUUGACUGAGUUAAUAUAGUCGAUUUUUCUGAGAAAGAUACAGUAUGCAGUCUGAUAGUAUGAUAGAGACCAAUGUUUAAUAUUUAUAUUAGAAUUAAAAUAAUAAAAUAGGAGUUGUACAGAUUGUUUAUAGUUUAGGUGUGCAUAGCAUUUAAUAUCAAAAAUUUUAUAUUUAUAUUAUGUUAAACUUUAUACGCGUCAGAUAUGUAAAUAUGUAAAUUGUAAUUUAUAUUUAUAAUAGUGUAAGAUAACAAACAUUUGUUCCUAUGUUGAUAAUUGUUUGAAUUGGUUCCAUUUUCCUAAUAUCAAUUUUGAAACACAAGGAAAUAUAUUUUUUAGAAAUACUAAUAUUUUUACCAGUCUCC